AUGAGUGUUGUUGACGACAAAAAAGUUUCGGAGCGAGAUCUUCUCCCACCUUCAAUAUGUCAUCGGUGUGUUUACAAGUUGGAUGUGUUGUACGACUUCAGAGAAGUUUCUCGGAAGUCGGAUGUAAUAUUGAAACAGUAUUUAUCUUACACUGAACAUUUGUCAGCUAUUGCAAAGGAACAUGGUAAGAGAGUCCCUUCACCAAUGCUCGAAGAUCUUAGUAGAAAGAACAGUGAAAAUGGUUCAUGCAGUGAACAAGAGUCUGUACCAUCACCACGAAAUGACACAUCUCAGCAAGAGCAAGGAACAGGAGCUCUUGAAUUACGAAUAAAGAAGGAACCCUGUGAAGAAUCAGAACCUCUUAUUGAUGAAUCCAAGCGAAAGAAAGUAAAUGGUGAAGCAGAAACAGAUUCCUCUGAUAAUCAGGAGGUUGCUCAAAGAGUUUGUGACCAAGAAGAAGAUCCAGGAGGCAAGAACCUUUGUUCAAGUAGCUACCAUGAACAGGGAUUAGAUAUGUCUGUUGAUGCCCAGAGUGUGAAGGUGAAAAUUGAAUGCAGAGAAGAGAUGCCUACUAGUCCACAAGAAGCUGCAGAUGAAGGUUGUACUACUGAAGCACAAGUAGACGAAGAGAGUGACUCUCAGUGGACUGCCAAUGUAAAACAGCCUGCAACUGAAGCUUGUGACCUUCCACCCACUGGAGUUGGAGAAGCUAGCAACCUUUUAAGAACUCUAAUAUCGUGUAGGAAAAUGGGAAUAAGUCCAAUGGAAGCAACAACCAACCACAGUAUUACCUCGUUACAACAUUCACUCAAGUCACGAAGCAAAUUGUACUUGACCAUGGAUAGUUCAUCACCUGCUGGAGCAACAGUAUCUGAAAUGGAUAAUUCUCACUCUGUAGUUUUGGGGAACAGAACGAAUUUACCACCUUCAGAUGAAACAGCAACUCCCUUGUCAAUGGUUGUGAAGUCAGUGGACAAAAUGCGAGUUGGUGGCAUGGCCACUACUUCAACCACUAAACAGGACAGUAGUAGAAGAAAACAAAGCUAUCCCUCCAAAGCUGAUGGUACCUCAGAGCGAAAUAGUCCUGUGGGAUCUCAUAUUCCUGGUGAUACCUAUUUGCCUGACUUCACUGGAAACAACCCCUGGUGUAAUAUAUCAGCUGUCAAAUCAGGAAGGCUUGCAGCUCGUCGUAUGGAUCUUGCUUGUACAAAUUGUGGUACUAUGACAACUACAAUUUGGCGUCGAAAUCCUGAAGGAGAGAUGGUGUGCAAUGCUUGUGGUCUUUAUUACAAAUUGCAUGGUGUUAAUAGACCUGUAACAAUGCGACGUGACACCAUUCACACAAGACGACGUCGGCCAAAGGGGGAAAAAGAGAAAGGGAGUAAUCGCCAUAGAACUAAAACUGCAAAUGUUAGUAACACUACUCCAGAAGAACCAGAAGACAUGCUUGCAGCUUGGCGCAAACAAAUCCAGCCUCAUCUGAUGUUGGCGAUUCAGGCAACACCACCUGAAGCUCGUGAACCUACUCCUCCUCCUGGAUAUAUGCUUCCAACAGGAGCAGAUUCCAAUUUCACAGCGGUACAUGUGAAAUCUGAACCAGCAGAUUCUGAAGAUGAAGAGGAGAAUCUUGCUGACUUGCCUCUUAAUCUUGUUGCUACCACUCUCUCAGAACCCCAGUGACUGUGAGUAUAAGCUGCCAAGUGCCUGCUUCUUAAUUGUGCCUGGAGUUGUGUGCGAGUUUACAUGUUGUUAAUGCAAAGUUAUUUACAACUUUGAGAUAAUUUACUUAUCUUUUAGAUUCACUGUUUUUACAGUGUGAAUGCAAAACCUGCUUGUUAAUUUUUUUCUGUCAUCCCAUUUUAUUUAAAAACUAAAUUAUUUUAUUUUUUAUAAUACGUUUAGGCAAGAAUAAUCUACUAAGAAACAUGAUACCUGAUAUUUCUGUCAGUGUGAGUUGAUGAAACUUUAUUUCUUCUGAUAAUUGGUUCGGUUUCUUUAAAAAAAAGUUUCAUUUUAGAAGGAAUAAUUUAUUGGCAAGUGAAAACGAACUUGUUACUUUCUCUGUGGUUUAUUUUUAGCUUUGUUUCAUCUGUUUUGACUUCAUUUCUUACAUCUAUUUCCGUUUGUAUCAUGCAUUUUUUGUAGUGUCUUUAAAAUCCAUUUACAAGAGAAUUUAAUUACAGGAAUUAUUUCACCAGUGCUUUUUGAUCCAUUAUGUAGUAGUCUUUGAACACUAUAAUAUAAAACUUUUUUUAAAUCUUCCAAAGCACAAUGCUUUUUGUUUAACACUGCUGUCAGGUAUAAAUAAUACUGAAGCAUUUUAAGGUUUAAAUAAUACAUAGAUUCCAACUUUAUGUUAGGGAAGGCUUAUCUUUAAUGAAAAAAUAUUGAUAAUUAGAGAAAGUGGACCAAAUGACAUGUUGAUACAAAUGAAGUUGGAGUAAAAAUCAGAAAGACCUAUUUUUAAUAUUCAGGUCCUUUGCUUCAAACUUCAGUUGAAUAAUAAGUUAGACAUAAUUUCUACCUUAUUAUUGAAGUUAAUUUUAUCUCUGAUGUCUGUCACAAAUAUUUUGGCAAUGUUGUUCCUGAUAAUGCUUUGGUUGUGUCAGUAUUUUCUUUCAAUUUACCUGUACAUUAUACGUAAAAUAAUUUAACUUGGACAAAUACCUUAAAACUAUUUUUGCCUCUUUUUUUCACAAAAUAUAAUUGAAAUUUGUCCUGUUUUACAAUAAACCUUUUUCUUAUCUUGGUAUAAGUUACAAUUCAAAUGAUUCUACUUUAGUAGACAUUUUUCAUACAUGAAUGCGAUUAGUGGAUCCACAUCUUCCAAUGCCAUGAAGUCUUUGCUAUUGGUUGGGUAGGAGUGCAGAGUCGCUAACAACAUCUGGAAGUUAUUAUUUUAUGUCCCAAUAUUAGUUUAUCAAUCAAAUUAAUAAAUAAGCCAGCUUUUAAAAAGAAAAAGGGCUCUUUUCUCUUUAGCAUUAUUAAACUUUCUCUGUACUACCACAUCUAUACAAUAAAGUUGAAAUUCAAUUAAAUUUAGAAAAUGAAAUUGAUUUCUAGAAAACAACUUUUGAUUUGUGAGACUUGGCAAUUUUUACAUUAAAGAGAGGGCAAUGAAUUUGCCUUCGAUCUCAAGGUUACCUAAAAAUAUCUGAAUGCCAUCAAAUGUUCACCAGACCCAUAGUUGCUAUUCAUUCAGGUUUGGCAGAAUGUCUUUUGCUUAGUUCAUCUACAUUCAUAAAGCUAUAUUCGUUGCCAAAACACAUGGUGUGUGGAGCUAAGUAAUAUUUUACCAAAAAUAAUUCUUGUUCUUUAGCAAAUUGGACUUGUUGUCCUCUAUAAAGGAGCCAUUUGUGGGAAAUUAUGACAUCAAGUUGUCAAAAUGUACUCCUUUUGUACAGUUUUCAUGAACACUUUUAGUCGUUCUACUGUUUGUGUCUUCAAGCAAUUAUGAUUCUUUACCGUUUCAGGAGAUACUUGUCAAAUGUAUCUUGGUGCCUCAAGUUUGCUGGGAUGCAACAUUGUUAGCAUGGAUGACAAAACAUGCAUAAAAUUUGGAUGUAUUCAGGAAAGAUAAAAUUUAAUGGGAAUAAUUUUAUUUAUUUCUUGAUUAAAAGUAGGCCUAUUGCGAAUUAAAUUAUGCAUUUUAAAAGUGAACAGCAUUAGCUCUUCAACAUUUAGUAAUUGUGGACUGCCCUUUUAUCUUCAGUGUGCACAGCCUCAGCUUUAAUUUCUCUAUCAGAGAAUUAAUUUUAAUCUUCUCACAUGUCUAAAGUCGUAACAGGCAAAUAUGCUUAAUCCUGGAAAGGCUGAAGAAGAAAAAGAAUAUCCUCACAAACGUUUCAACACAAUUUGUAGCAAGAAAUGUAGUAUAUAAAUAGUAUUUUUUUAGAGAUUUCGGAACAAACUGAAUCGCUCACUGAACUGACACUUCUGAGGCAUUGUCAGCUAAUACUCCACCCCAUUUGGCUGAUUGAAGAAUACAAUUCACUGUACAGUGUGGUUUUUGGUAAUGCUCAGGUGUUUUAGAUCGCUGGUCUUCAAUUAAUAUGUCUGAAGCUUGAACCAAACUGCUCUGCUGAGAUAAACUACUAGUACCACUUAAAACAAAACAUUUUCUGAUCUGAAAUUUGGAGUUACCUUCCUCAAAGUCCUCAUAUCAUUGUGAUAGUUUCUUUUUCUUAAUUAAUAUUAACAAUUGUACUGAUGUGCCUUGUGUGAUGAGGACAUUUGCUAUGAGUGCAAAUAAGUUGAAAAAUAUCCUUGCCUCGCUAUUGUGGAAUAUUAAUCGAUUGGUAGUAGAAUACGAUAAGCAGAAGAAUGGAUAUAUAUUACUGGGAAAACAUUAAAGAGGAGUAAAGAAAUUAAUAUAUAUAUUUUUAGGAUACCAUUGAACAUUAAAUGUGGAGUUAAGAGAUCCAAAUGAGUUGAAGGGAUUUUGGAAUUAUUCAAAAAAAAACCAACAACAUGAUCUACAUCGUCAUACAGUCAUGUUCAUAGAACUACAGCAAUUGUAUAGAAAGCAGUAAAAUGUGUGUUCACCAAUUGAGAUGAAUUUACAAAAAAAUUGUUUUUCCUUUUACAUGAGCAAAGUUAGAGAAAAGUUAUUUUGUGGUCCUGGCCUCUUCAGUUACAUAAUCCUUAAGGAAGGAAGUAUUCUCCUAGUUUUGGCAAGGAUGAAAUUAGAGAAACUUUUGAAAAGAGUAAUUAUUUGCAGAUUCCUUGUUCCAUGCUAUAGCAUAUUACCACAGGUGACUGAUAUCGUUUAAAAGUUGUUUUGAACAUGACUAGAUAGAAAUGAAUUAAAAUUCAGAUUUGUACUUCAUAAAGUUGAAGCUCAUUUUCACUCUUGCUGAGUUCAAAUUGUAUUUUGAUUUUUAUUUAUUUAUUUUUUAUUGUAGCAAUGAAACUGAACCAAUUUAUGAAUAGUUUUCUAUUUUAAUACUGUUUUAUUUUCUCAAGAACUGAGAGUUGGUGAAGUGAGAGACUCGCACACCUCCUGUUCUAAUGAAGGAUCAUUAAAAUGAUCCUUCAAAUCCACCACUACCUUCACUAUUUGCAUGUGGCAGUGAUAUUUUUUUAUUAAGUAUUGUAUUUAUUUUAUUAUACCUUACAGUAUCAAGGCAGCUGCCCUGAAAUUUGUUAAUUACCAUCUGCUGUGCAGUUGGAAUUGACUAUUUUCACAGUUGGUGUAUGAAGGAAGUAGUGUUUAAAAUUGAUUUAAUUACACUGAUUAUUAGACAUUGGUGGAUAGGUGUAUGUAUAAUUUUCUCAUACACAUCAUUAUAUUAUUUUUCAUAUCAACUUGAAUCUGUCCUCUAAGUUAUUAAUGCAAAUAAUCUUGACUUAAAUUAUUUUUAAUUAUAUAUGCCUUUUGGUAUAACAUGUUACUCAUUUCAGUUAAACUGAAAACAAGAUGGAACAAGUAUGUUAUUGUGUGUUCUGUAUUUCACACACUUUCAAGGAGACUAAUAUCUUUGAUAUUUAUUAUUAUUAUUUUAAUGUUUUUGAUGAGUAUUAUUUCACAAGAGGUCGUUCUCCAUUCUUUUCUGUUGUACUAUCAGAUUUCCUAGUUAUGUAGUAUUGUUUGUAACGCAAUGCUUGCUUUUUAUUCUAUAUUAAUGAUGUAGAGAUGCAAUGUGUCCAUUUAUUUACACUUGGCUGACUUGAGGAAACUGAAAAGGGUUUUGUUCUGUAUUAAAUAUGUGUCUGAAUGAUGACAGUUUUGAACUAUUUCAUUCUUCUUUUAUACUUACAUUAUUUUUAUGAAUGUGUGUUCACUAUUGUAUAAUUUCAUGAUUGAAUGAAAUCAUGUGAAAUAAUUUGUAUAUUAGGAAUGUAGAAAGUUACACAUGUGCCUUACGAACAGGUAUAUAAUAAUUGUGUUAUUUAUGCUGGAGAGUCUGUGGAUAAAAGUUGUAAAGUAAUAUUUAUAGAUUUUGUUUUCUGGUGAAGGCAGGAUGGUAUUUUUAUAUGCAUGGUUUUAGUACAGAAUUUCCUAGAAUGUUUCUUGUGCCUUCUGAAUCAGCACUAGGAAUGCUUGAAGACUUUUGCCAAGUUUACAAAUGCAAUGGACACAUUGUAUAAUGUUGUUGGCCAUUAGUAAGUAUAUCUGAUGACAGUAUUGGCAAUGAUUUAGCCCCAACAGUCGGAAUUUAUUGGCGAGCUUCUUUAAGGCUAAACUUGUUUUGAGGUAUUUUGCUAAUGCCUAGCAUUUUCUCUACUUAAAGCUUUUCUUUAUUAUUUUAGAAUUAAGGCAAAUAUUGUGGAAGUUGUGAUUAUGUGUGUAAACAGAUCUUUACCAGUUUUUAUUCAUCUUUUGUGAGAGCAUUCAAAUAAUUUUGGUAUAAGUUUUAUUAUGCCUGUUGCAGAAAUACUCAUUUCUUAUUUAUGCUUUCAUUUAGUAGUGCUCCAAUGAGAUUAGAACAUAGACCCUUAUCAGUGCUGCCUUAAAAGGUCGUGUCCUACACUUCCUGACAGUCGAAUCCUUUUUGUGUAUUUUUGUAGUGGGGUCAUCGACAUUUUGUAAAUCUGACUUCAUGAAACUUUGUGGAAUGAUUGUGGAAAAUUACAAGUUAAUCACAAAACAUUUUCUUUUUGACAGACAAUUUUAUAAAAAACUUUCCUUAGUCAUUGAAGUCUCGUAAAGAAUCUCUUACAAACACGUUGCUAAAUAUUUUGAUUUUGUUGACCAUUUAAUGAUUAACUUCUAAGAAAAAUUACAUGGCUAAGAAAAUUUUUUUGUGAGUCCAAAAAAUUUUGCUUACAAUUUUACUUACCUUGCCAUAGAAAAGUUUCUUUUGAAGUCAGAAGUACUAAUAGGAUGUUCUCUCCUUGUGAGUAAAAAUAUUGUGUGAUUUGAGUGAGAUUAUUUAUGUUUUUCUACAAGCUUUUUUAUAUACAGUACAAUAUGUUAUUAAUAUUAUUUUAACUUUGCCGUUUUCAUGUAAAUUGAAGUAUUAACAAGUAGUUGUAUUAUUUCCAUGGUGGAUUUUUGACUGAUGAAUAUUUUUAAUACUUACGCCAUAUGUGGCACAUUGUGUGGCUUAUGUAAAGACUUGUUGACUCCUUAUUCAAAAAAAUUUAAAGAACAAACUCAUUAAAAAUCAAAUUUAAUAUUGUGCCACUUUUAUACAUGACAUUGUUAACAGAGGUAAUCUGUGUUGUUGCAAAAUGAAUCCUAGGUUUACGCUUAACAUUUUUAGAUUUUUUAAUAUAGUGAGCAUAGGCAGUUUAUUUUGCAAAAUCAUUUUUCUGUAAUUUCUCUUAUUUCUGAUUAAGGUUUCCUGACUUCACAAAUUACUUCAGAAUAAAUAAAUGAUAUUUUAAAAUUUAUUUUGUAACUUGCACAGCAUUUAGUUGCAUAGUAACUUUGUUGUUAAAGUAAGAUAUUAGGACAGACAUUUGAAAAAUGCUCUUAAUAGCUGGUAUAUAUUUUUGUGGCACUCUUGCAAAUUUGCAGAAAAGAUUUUAACAGCUCUUUCCAUGCAGCUCAAGUCUGUUUUUUGUUUUCUUUCUUUUUCUUUUUUUAUUUUUUUUAUUUUUUAAAGAAUUUUCACAUUUUUAGAAAAGGUUGUGCAUAGUUAUAUAAUGUUGACAUUUUAAUAUAUUUGUAACAGAACUUUUUUAAUGCCAUUAUCACGAUAAAUAUGCUUGUGGCUAUCAUUCAGAGAGGUAAUGAUUAUUCUACAUUUCAUUUUUAAGUUGUCAAGGCAAUCUGUCAUUGGGAAUGUGAUUUAUGAAAUCCAUAUCCUGCUUUUCAUGUUUGCUGUCAUUUUAAUUUGUUUUGUUGUAUUUCAGAAACUGUUAAAUUAACUAAGUAGAUAAUCCAGAGUUUUGAAGGGAGAAAGGCAAAUAACAUUUACAGGAAAAGUUGGUUAAUGCUGUUUUAAGUUCACAAAAACAACUCUUCACUAUGAACAUCAGAUUUACAAUGCUAAGUUGAUUUAUUAAUGAAAGUAGGACUAAUUAUACAAUACUGUAAUUAUGAACAUGAGGUAAUAUGUUGUAAGAUUGUGAUACUUUAAAGUGAAAACAUUUUCACUCUUACUAUAUACUGAUAUGAAUACACUAAUUGUACCUUUAUCAAGAUGACAGCAAACUAAUUAAGAUUGCUUUGUUAACAUCAGGGUUCGGUGACUCACAUGUACGUUUUCCCACAUGUAAUUUAUUUGGUAGCUACAUUAGUUUGUAAGUAAAGGGGAAUGUUGAAUUACUGCUACAAGUUAUCAGUCAGAUACUCAUUACAGAUUUACAGGAUAAUUUUGCUUUAAGAAAUCAUGUAAUUGUUACAAACUGUUUUUGAAUGUAUAAUGCUCUCUGUUUUUGGGAUAUUGAUCAGUAGGAAAAACAUCAAACGUACAGUAUUGUUUAUUAUGUAGCAGACAAUAAGAAAGAUAUUUUGCUAGUAAGGCAAUUUGAAGAGAUCUUUAUAAUUAUAUUUUGUAUGUAAAAGGACCUCUGUUUAAAUUUAAAAUGCACAAUUGAUGAAGGAAAAAUGUUUUGAUGUGGAAUGUUCUUUUCCUUUCUAACAAUUUAAGAAUGAUAUUUCAUUGCUCUCUAUGUGUUGAUGAAGAAGUACAUUCUGCAAAUUUUUAAUGUACUUCUUUAGUGAUAUAAAUCUCUCAGAAAGUUUUGUUUUUUUCCCCCCUGUUGUAAAUAGUAAGUUUACUGGCUGUUAAACACCCAUAGAUAGAGGCUAUAGAUAUGUAUUUUUUAAAAAAAAAUUUUAGUCUCAUUUAUAUGGUGCAUCAGUGGUGCAGGUCUGGAAGGAUUAUUUCCACAUUUUCUACUGUAUAGAUUUUAGUCUUAAAUAUAUGGUUAUAAUCAAAAUUAUUGAAUGUUGGAAACAAGUAUUAAAGACACCAUUGCCUCUUUAUCUAUUACAUUGAUUAAAAAAAUACUGUACUUUUUGGUUAAAGUGUAUUUUGUUGUCAAAUCUGUCCAAUUAGUAUUACUAGUAAGUCACUAUUGAUACCAAAAGUAUUUCGGGUACUUAAUCAUUUAAAUUGUGCACUGUUUGUAUGUUUUUCAUGAAAAGUAUAUUCAAAUUAUGAGGUCAAGAGACCAGGUUGACAGUAAUGAUAAUUAUUAGGAUAUGAAGGCUUUUAAAUCAACAUUGUAUAAUAUUGUGCAUAACUAGGAUAAAUACUAGCUUGAAAACAAGUGUUGCAGAUCGUAUUAUACUCAUACAUAGGAAGUUGCCAUUCAUUUAAUGCUACAUGUAAGAAUGACAGUCUGUCAAUUCAGGAUGCAUGAUUAGGGCAUUUGUUGGCUGUUAGCCAUUCUGUUAUUACAAAAGAACUGUCUGUAAGAAAGGUCUUUUCACACAUUUCAUAUAAGCCAAAUAGGAACAAAUUUUUAUUCCCAUUUAUUUGGCUUUGAGUCACUUUGUAAUAUGGAAACUACCAUUAAUUAUACUAUAAUAAGUAAAUGAAUCAAAGCUUAUUAAUAUCUUUUGUAAGAGACUUUUUCUAAUUAUAAAGGAAACUAACAAAGAAGCUGUAAUAUUAGAUCUGAAAUCAAGAACUUCAGUACUCUGUAAAAUACCAAUAGCAUCUCUGUAGCAUAACCAAAUGACAUGUCAGCUUGAUCAUAUUUAUAGAAAUUCUAUGCUGUAUGCAUUACAGUCUUAU